AUAAAUGUAAAAAUAACUUUUUAGAUUUAUCUAAACUAAAAAGGUCUUAAUCUUUGGAAUUGGUCAUUAAACAAACAAUGGAGAUUUACUAUUUGGUUACUGUUCUCUUUAUUGCCGGAGGAUUGGCUCAGGAUUAUUACCCACCAAAUGAUGGAUGCACAGCAAUGUUGCCAAGACCAAACGCGACGCAAUGGGCAAUGAGUUCGAACGAUAUGAUGGCAUCAUGGGUAUGUGAUCUCGUGGAAUGGAGAUGCGAAUUGAAAAAAUGGUUGACUGAAUACGAUACAAAAUGUGACUACACCGGCAGCGGGAUGUACGUGGGAUGCCCGGAUAUGGAUAUGUUUGAUUGUGCGUGUGGGACGCAGACCUGUCAGUAUGACGCCUUUCAAUGCCAUAUCUGCGUGUGCGAAGGAGGAAAAUUCAAACAUGCAAGUAUGAUCCAGAAGUUUUACGGCAUGGAAAGAGCAGUUUACAGACAUGCAAUGGAAAAAUACCGCAGUUGUGUACCACGACAAUCUGGAUGCGACGACGAUAGUUCGGGUAGUGGCAUGGGGAGUGGAAUGGGUAGUGGAGAUUACAUGGGAAGUGGUGAUGGCAUGGGGAGUGACAGCGGUGCAGGAGGCGACGACGACAGUAGUGCAAAUGACGGCAACGAUGACGACCCCAACGUGAUCGCAUAGGGGCGUAUAUAUCAUAAAAUAGUUUCACUUUUGCUCACUAACAACAUUCAUACAUUUCGACUUCCAGAUGAAAAUCAUUUUCAAUGCUUGA